AUGUCCGAGCCGGCGGACUAUUUGGGAACGAAAAUGAUGGAGGAUUGCAUCGAGUAUAUGGCCACGGAGGAAUCCCAGGAAGGUCUCAAGCGGAAGAGGAACCAUCCCAGUCUUCUGAGUUCCAAGGCAUCCAAAGCGACAAAGGCCGAAGCUGAAAAACCACUACUGGACAUUGACAGUGAGGAAAGUGGCGACAACAGUGAGGAAGACUCCGACGGCAGUGAGGAAGAUGAAAUGCAGGACUGGCUAUGUGCUCUGGACACCGAAAGCAGCCGUCAGUCUGCGAAGCUUCUCCGAGGUCGCACGGCCUGUGUGGAUAUCACCGAGGAGACCUGGCAUGGAGUGGAGCACCUUCAAGGCUUUUGUUCUGUAGUGGUUUGCACUUCAUUGUUGACUCAGGUGGGCUAUCGAGAGCCUUACAUUUGGGCUGAUGUCCUACAGGGCGCAAGUCAAAUUCUGGAAAAAGGCGGCAUUCUUCUGAUGUACGAUACAGAAAAGUGGGGCGACUUUGGUGACGUGGAGAAGAUGAAGGACCAUCUAAAACAGGCCGAGUUGGAUUUGGAGUUGAUUGAACGAGAGGAACCAGUGGAUUUCUCGGAUGACCCCGAUGGUCGAAUGUUCACCUUGGCCUUCAAGAAGACCGGAGCAUCACAACAGAAAUCCCUGCAAUGGUUGAUCCAGAAAGCCGAGGACUUCAAACAAGCAGGCAAUAGCUAUUAUUCCAACCUGGCAAAAUGCCGCGAUGCUCGUGAGCAGGGGCUCCACUCCAGCCCUCGCGUCGCUUCUUUGUGGAAAGCUGUGGCAUGCUACGUCCAGGGUUUGGACUGUUUGUCUUUGGCUCGAAGCCAAGGAGAUGAUGAACGCCUGAAUCAUAUUUCUUCAAGGCUGUACUCAAACCUUGCUGCAGUAUACAUGGAGCUUGCUGAGACAGCUGGCACUUACGAGCAUGCCAAUCGUGUCAUUGACUUGGCACUUGUGUGUGAUCCCGACUGGGACCGCGCCAAAGAGCGGAAAGAGAAGAUCCUGGCGAUGAUCAAAGGUCAAGAGCGCGACGAAGACGAAGAUCCCCGAGCUGAGGCCUCAACAAUCCAGGCUUUGGCGACGAUGAUUCAGAACGCCUGGUCUGGGGGGGAGCCUGAGAACGGCAACGCUCCGUCGCUACCAUCAGUCACAAGUGGUCCUGCGUUGGCCAAGGGCAGUCCUUCAGGAGCCACCCCCUCUCCAGCACCCCUUCCUUCUGCUGCCGUUGAAGGCUCUGCGGCAUCCGCACAAUCUUUGCGGGAGAGCUUUGACGCAACAAAUGCAAGUCUCCAGCGAGUUGUCACAGAGAGCAACACCAAACAGGAAGCCACCAAGUCAUUGAAUACGGUGGCAAUGAUCCUGAGCAAUUUCUUGAAAGAUCCUAGUUCUGAUCGAAAUCGAAAGGUGAAUACGUCAGGUUCACGGUUUAGCGAGAUCUUUCGAAACAACAGCGCAGCUGGUGAGUUGUUGAAACUCGCUGGUUUUCAAUACCAGCAUCCCAACUUUGUCUUCAAUGAGACUGGUCAGAUCAAUGCAGAAGGUGCUCAGCGCACCUUAGAUUUGGUCCAAGAAGCCCAGAGGAACAUCGACCAAACCUGGUCCACCCGUGGGGACCGUCCAGCCGCAGCCCCAGCCGCAGCCCCAGCCGCACCAGCUGCAGCUCCGGCUGCAGCCCCGGUUGCUCCUGCACCAGCUCCAGCUGCGGCGCCGACGCCCAGCGCCAGUUCCAGUGCUGAAGCUGCACGACCCUGGGCACCACGUCAACCACCACCUGGGGCGCCACAAGCUUGGGUGAAUAUGACGCGGGAUAUCAAUGAGGAUCCCCAACCGCCAGUGCAGGCCCAAGCCCAACCAGCUCAGGCGGGUCCAACCCCAGCACAUCCUGCGGAGACCUUGCCUCCUGCCAUUGCUCACCCAGCAGAAUCAGAGGCCAGACCCAUGGCGCAAGCUGCAGCACAACCAGCGACGCAGCCUGCAACCCAGCCACCGCAGCAACCCAGCCAUGUGGCACCAAGUCAACCGCAGCAUCAUUUGCCCAUCGCUCAUCCCGCAGAAGCAGCUCCAGUUGAGGAGGUAGAGGAGUCGCAGCCACAGAGCGGUGGCUGA